AUGCAGUACGAGUUUAAGUUACGUCACUGCAUCUGUCACCGGCCUUGCUUCGGCUAUGGUCAUAGUCACAACCAUUGGUCCAUGGAAGCAGCUGUUGACGUCCGUAGUAGCAGCCAGCCCAAAGGCAUUUUUUUUUAUUUACCCUCGUUCCCCGCAUCCCCUUUCAAGAUUGCUGCCACCAUGGGUCGGAAGAAAAUACAAAUAUCCCGGAUUACGGACGAACGGAAUCGGCAGGUGACUUUCAACAAGCGCAAAUUUGGUGUGAUGAAGAAAGCGUAUGAACUCAGCGUACUUUGUGACUGUGAGAUCGCUCUUAUCAUCUUCAGUUCCAACAACAAACUCUAUCAAUAUGCCAGCACGGAUAUGGACAAGGUUCUCUUAAAAUACACGGAAUACAACGAGCCCCACGAGUCGCUGACCAACCGCAACAUCAUCGAGAAAGAGCAUAAGAACGGAGUGAUGUCACCUGACAGCCCCGAAGCAGAGCCUGAAUACAAUCUUACUCCAAGGACCGAAGCCAAAUACUCCAAAAUUGAUGAAGAAUUUCAAAUGAUGAUGCAAAGGAACCAAUUAAACGGAAGUCGCGUGAGCGUAGGCGUUACUGGAGGCAACUACAACCUGCCUGUUAGCGUCCCUGUCGGAAACUAUGAUCAGUCACUGUUGCAAGCUAGUCCACAGAUGCAUACCUCUAUCAGUCCACGGCCCUCAUCUUCGGAAACCGAUUCAGUGUACCCAAGCGGUGGAAUGCUGGAGAUGUCAAACGGUUAUCCCGGUUCGGGAUCUCCACUGGAUGCUGGCUGCACACCGUCUCCGUCACCGGGACCUGCGCCGUCGCCGCAUCGCCAUGCCCACAAGGCGCAUGCACAUGUUGCGCCACCGCAUCAUUCGCCUCGACAUAAUAACCUGCGCGUCGUCAUACCAAGCUCUAUGCCGCCGCCACAGGAUGAUAUUUCUUAUACUGGAGAAACACCGCUAAGCUAUUCUGGACUCGGCAAUUUCGGACCACAAGACUUCAGCAUUAACUCAGACAUGAGCAUCGGACUGACGUGGGGUGCGCAUCAACUGCAGACGCUCCAGCACAACAGGUACAUUAGCAGCCUGCCAGUACUGGGCGGGGGUGGCACACCUCCCCCGGCGGCGUCGCCUAGCAACGUGAAGAUCAAAGCAGAACCUGUCUCGCCGCCGCGCCCUGAACAUAUGCCGCACCGUGCGCCUCCCCCUCAACCACAACCAGCGCAUCUCUCAGGAGCCAUAGAUGUAUACUCCAAUUUUGCAGGUUCAGUGUCAUCGAGUAACAUGGGCUCGCCGGCCGGCCAGGACAUGAGGCACUCCAACGUGGCGCUGGACUACGACCAGCCGCACACUAAGCGACCGCGGCUCGACGGCUGGUCCGCAUAG